CACACCUUUAAAAUGUCUAGAGGAGAAAGGCAAAAAGAAAAAGAUUAUGAAGAACUUUUUGGCGAUGGUUCGGCAGAGCUUUCCGAUGUCGCGGAUUAUUUAUCUGACUUUGAAUCGGAUCAGGAAAGACCGGCUCCCAAUCAAAAAGCGAAAAAAAAGUCUCAACCAUAUAGGGAAACAGGGAGCGUAUCACCAGCGCCUUCGCCUUAUAGACCCGAUGAACGUUCAACUCCAGAAGGUGAUCGAGAUGAAGAUGAAGUGUAUGUACCUCAACCUGGUUCUCGUGAAUUGAUGCCUUUAAUGGAGUCGAAAAUGAUGGUUGAGAAAUUAUUUGAUGAAUUAAUGCCAAAGAAGAAAGGUAGAACAAAAUCAAAAGGAAUUGACCUUGAAAAAGAGCAUGAUGCUACAGCUGAAAGAUUGUACAGAAGAAUGAUGAAGCUUGCGGAUGAUGAUGUAACCAAUUGCCAAAGUAAAAAACCUGCAAGUAGAAAGCUAGAUAAUCUGGAGAGUAUAGUACGAGAAUUAUCCAAGACUUAUAUGGUGGAUGCAUUAUUGGACAAUAACAUCUUGGAUGCUAUUAGAUAUUGGUUAGAACCUCUUCCUGAUAGAUCAUUACCGAGUAUAACUCUUCAAGAACAAUUAUUGUGUGUAUUGGAUAAA